AUGGUAUUCCUCAUGAGAUGUCUCAUCUCCCUUGGUCUCCUCACGACUGGUUUUGUUUCCGCAGCCCCAGUAUCUGAUAGCAACAAACAAACCACUACUACUUGCGCCCCGGUCCAUUUAUUUGUCGCCCGUGGAACGAGCGAAAGCCCUGGUGAUGGAUCUAUUGGAUCCCUAGCCGACCUUGUCCUUCAUGCAAAUCCGGGGGCUACUCAGGAAGCUAUUGAUUAUCCGGCCUUACCUUUUCCAGUCUACAUCACAGAUGUUGGGAUAGGGAUCAAGGCUGUCACGGAUCAGUUCGCGCGCUAUACGAGCUCAUGCCCCGAUUCAACCCUUGUUCUAAUUGGAUACUCGCAAGGGGCUCAGAUUAUGCUCGAUGCCUUGUGCGGCUCAGGAAGCAUCUUAAAGGGGGGUAUUGGAAUCCCUACGAUCAGCGAGGCGCAGGGCAAAAAUAUUGCGGCAGUCGUCGGAUACGGCGAUCCCGGCCAUACUGCAGGGGAGUCUUGGAACCAGGGAACUGCAAACACGAAUGGGAUAUUCUCUCGACCGACAGAUGCAUGUAACGCAUGGGCCAGCAGGAUACACUCGUACUGCAAUGCGGGGGAUCCAUACUGUGCCGGCGGCAAUAACAAAACAGUCCAUCUGCAGUACACUCAAGAAUUCGACAACGUGGCUUCUCGCUGGAUUGAUGGGCAGAUAGAGUCGGCAAGAGCCCAAUAA